AUGUAUCUUAUAUCAGGCCGUGCCCGCGGCUCUGCCCGCAAUUCGCGCAGUCCACGGACAGCCACACCCAGCCUGGACUGGAUCUCGACCACGACGAACGGCGAUGACGUUGAUGCCACUGACUUGAACGACCCGGAGCUGCUGGGCGAGCUUGCGGCUCUGCGCAGCGAGAUGGGCCUGUCGAGCCCCCCUGCCCGUAAAACACCAGCACGACAGCCAUCACAAAAUGCAGCUGCGUCGAUGGCGUUCGACGAGGACGACAAAAUACUCGACAGUGUCGAGGUCACCGAGGAGGAUAUGAACGACCCAGGGCUAUUAGCUGAGCUGUCGCAGUAUGGCGGUGCGGCGAUGCCAGAAGAAACCGCCAAGCCUGCCAAGGCUCCUGACAACAGUGCUUUGCUGGAAGCCCUAAACGAGCGGACAGCAGAGCUCAAGAGUGCCGCACUGACAGCCAAACGACAGGGCGAUAUGGACAUAGCCCGUGGGAUGCUUAUGCAGAUGAAGGCAGUGCAGGAGGCGGACAAAGGGUUUGCUAUGCCGCCCAAGCCUACAGCUCCUGAGUCGCCCACACCAAAAGCACCUGAAUCACCGGUGCUGCCAGCGCCUGGGCCUAGAAAGCCCAAAACACCUGACCUGGCCACGCAGCCGGCGCCUGAGCCGCCAGUGACCAGUGCUCCCCGCGUAGCUGCAUCAGCCAGCCAAACCCCAGCCAAGGGCGUCACGUCACCAGCACCCAAACGCACUGCAGCGGUUUCCACGCCUGCACAGUCCUCCUCUACGCCCGGGCCAACCGCACGGGUAUUUCUCGACGACCCGCAGCUCCAAAACCUUGCCCGGGUUGCCGUUGACUUUGGUGCCAUGACGGAGCAGCUGGAGCUGCAGAUCUCACAUGCCACACAUAAACCGCGCGCGCUCGAGUUCCAUCGGUACAAGAAGCGCGCACAGGCCGACCUUGCCACGGUCGCCUCAUACCAGGCUAACCAGCGCCUGGCCCCGCCUGCCCGCCGGGACAUCUCUGUAAAUGAACUCCAGAUCGCCAUCAAGCGCGUAGUGUCGGACGGGGACCUGGAGGCAACGCUGAAUGGCAGCGCUGACUCGUUUGUGCAGUGGGAGAUCAGCUGGCCCAGAGACAAGCCCAGUAAGGCGUAUGCGCGGACCAUCAAGUUCAGCGAGUUCGACUCGGGCGACGUCGGUCUGGACUAUUCGCAAAACAUCGCCAUCAUUGACCGCCAGCACCCACGCCCGCUGAUGCGCUGGAUCGAGCGCGGCAGGCUGGUGGUCGAGUUUUACAAGUACAACGGGCUGCUCUGGGGCUCGCAGCUUAUCGGCCGUGGAUCUGUGCCGCUGGCCGAUUUGCGCACGAGAUCCGAAGUCACCGCGCUGGUGGAGAUGAAGGCUGGUGCAGAUACCAGUGGGACUCGAGGUGGAAAGACUCUGGCAGGCGGGCCGGUGUUUGUGGAUGUGGCAGUGAGACUCAGGCUGCCACUAUCGAAUCAGCAGGAGAUUUCUGAGCACGAAAUGGACGACAUCGCUCUGCACCUCGACUCUAUGGAUGAUAUACUAUCCAACGCCGUGUUGGAGCUCGAGCUCGCCCAAAUCCCCACCCGCAUCCAAUCUGCCGAUCAUGAUGCCGCCAGCCAGCUCCAAGAACUCGCUUCUGCCAUCAAGCUCCGCAUGAGCGUCGUUGCUGCUCAAGUCGGUGCUGGUACCAUCUCCAUUCAGGAUUACAUGGACGGCGUCACUAAGGAACUAGCCACAGCCAAGGACUGGGCGCUCAAGGCAAAGCGUGCUAUGCAGAACGAGCUGAGCGAAAUGCAGUCUGCUAUGGAGGCUGGCGAAGAGUAG